GGGUCGCGGCGGGCGGAAGUGAGUGGAACGUUGUGUCGUCCCCGGGAGCGAGUGGAACGUUGUGUCGUCCCCGGGACACAGAGAUACAGCGGUGGCGGCUGCAGCCCGAGCCCCAGCCCAGCGGCCUGCAGGUACCUCUCCUCACCCUGCAACAGCGGCACGGCCUGCAGUUCGAGACCUGAAGGGGAGGCCACAACAUGGCAGGUUUGAGGAUUUGAAGGUGCCGACCCUGAAGUUUGGGUCUUGGGACCAGUCUUAAGACAAAGAAGACGGAUCUUUACUUGCAGAAACAGUGAUUUAAUCGGGAGGACGUUGGCGAGUCCUGACGGAACGACGAGACUGGCUUAAGGUCUACGCGAGACAUCAUAAACCUUGAGAUCGGGUUUGUAGCUGAGCCGCCAGAGCCCCACGGGGACGUCGGGCCCCACCGGAGCCGCAGACCCCCCACCAGGCUUCACCCCUGGCCUCCACCCCCGGGACAGCAUGAGUCAAGAGGUGCUCAACUCUGCUGCUGUUCCUCUCUAUGCCGAGGACAUCCAGGGAGACGGACGCUGGCACUCGCUGCACAGUCGUUUCGUCUUGGACUGCAAGGACAAGGAGCCCGACAUUCUCUUUGUGGGUGAUUCCAUGGUGCAGCUUCUCCACCAGUACGAGAUCUGGAGGGAGCUGUUCUCGCCUCUACAUGCGCUCAACUUUGGCAUCGGCGGCGACACCACGCGGCACGUGCUCUGGAGGCUGGAGAACGGGGAGCUGGAAAAUAUUAAACCCAAGGUGGUCGUACUCUGGGUGGGGACCAACAAUCACGAACACUCGGCAGAGGAAGUGGUCGGAGGGAUCGAGGCAAUCGUGCAGCUGAUUAAUGGCCGCCAGCCCCAGGCUAAGGUGCUGGUGUUGAGUCUCCUGCCCCGGGGGGAGAAGCCGAACCCACUGCGGGAGAAGAACGGGCAGGUGAACCAGCUGCUGAAGAGCUCCCUGGUGAAGUUCCCCAAGAUGCAGCUCCUCAACGUGGACGCGGGCUUUGUGCACUCGGACGGCACCAUCUCCCACCAUGACAUGUUCGACUACCUGCACCUCACCCAGAUGGGCUACGCCAAGGUGUGCAAGCCCGUCUACGAACUGCUGGUUCAGCUGCUGGAGGAAACACCCGAAGAGAAGCAGGCCACCCUGGCGUGAUCACUUCACGGUCCUUCCCCCUCUCAUCGCCGGAGCGGAGCCAACUCUCGAGACCCGUCACUGCCUGGAGCACCCAAGUAAAGGCACCUUUGUUGUAUCAGUACAAGUGUAGGGUCCUCUCCGAAUUGGAUGCAUUCAUUCCCCAUAGCAAAGCAGUCCAUGCAUUAGAGGCCACAGCGCAGCUAAAUAUAUACAUUGCUCUUUUUACUGUCGUUAGGCAAAAUGUCUUUCCUAUUAAAACAUAAGUGUGUGUCUGCAGUAAUUAGCCAGUGGUUUUCAUGCAGUAGAAUCAAGCACUCAUGAAUCGCACUGAUUUUAUAGCUGAUUUGAUAUAACGGGCCCACUUCCAGCCAACUCUCUUUUAAACGUAGAGCAGCCAGAGUAGUUAUAAUAUUUCCUUCUAUAUGGUGCAGAGUUCCCUUGUGUGUGUAUAUAGUUUCUCCACUGGGUGACACCAGUCUACAUUGCUGUAAGUAACUACUGCCCGGUGUGGAGUUGCCAUCUAGUGGUAGUGAGUGGAACACACAAGGGCUUGCAUAUUGACAAUAUUUCCUGCAUUGUGUAAAUAUAGUAUGUCACAGGGGAGGGGAGGGGGCUUUCUAUUCACAUCUCCAAGUUUUUAACCUGUUGUAUUUGAAUUGGAAGGAGAAAAAUCCUGGUGCCCGUGUUGAGACGUUAACUGGUACUGAUACAGUUUGCCCGAACAAGAAUCAACGACGCCUAAUGUGAAGGGAGGAACUGCAGGUGCUGGAUACAGACAAAAAAAGCUGGAGUAACUCAGUGGGACAGGCAGCAUCUCUGGAGAGAAGGAAUGG